AUGUCUGACUCCCAGUGGACGCCGACUUCCUGGCAAAGCAAGCCUGUCGCUCAGCCCGUCGUGUACCCGGAUGAAGCGAAGCUGAACAAUGUUAUCUCCAAAAUCUCUCAUUUACCUCCUCUGGUCACUCCGUCGGAGAUCGAGCGCUUGAGGCACCAAUUGGCUCAAGUCCAACGCAACGAAGCCUUCCUCCUUCAUGCGGGUGAUUGCGCCGAGAGCUUCGACGCAUGCACUCAUCAAAACAUCACGGCCAAGAUCGGGCUGAUCUUGUCGUUCUCGCUAGUUCUCAUCUGGGGUGCUCGGGUUCCUGUUGUCCGUGUUGGACGCAUCGCUGGCCAAUACGCGAAACCGAGGAGCAGUGCUACAGAGAAGAUUGGAGACCGAGAGGUACCGAGCUUCCGAGGAGAUAAUGUGAACGGAUUGAGCACGGAUGAUCGUACACCCGACCCAGAGCGCUUGCUCAGCGCGUACUUCCACUCGACUACGACCCUGAACUACAUGCGUGGUCUGCUCACCUCCGGCUUCGCCUCCCUGAACCGCAACAACCCGAGGGACUGGUCUCUUGCGCAUGUUCGCUCCGCCAAUCUUAGAAAGGAGUACAAGGAGAUCACCGCAGGUUUGGCAUCUGCGCUGGACUUUACCCGCACGAUUGGUCUUGCGAACGGCCAAGACGCUCUUCCGUUCGAGCGUGGAGGAGGACGCGGAGCCCUGGGCGAAGUCGAUAUCUACACCAGCCAUGAGGGUCUGAUGUUACCGUAUGAAACGGCUUUGACGCGCAAGUUCCCCAUCCCUGGCGUAGCCACCCACGCCAGUUCCGCUGCGAAGUCGCGAUCUGCAUCCCGAGCGCACACGCCUUCGAACGAGGACGACUCUGCCUACUACAACACCUCUGCUCACUUCAUCUGGAUUGGCGACCGUACGCGCCAGAUAGACGGAGCCCAUGUCGAGUACUUCCGUGGCAUCCGCAACCCCAUCGGUAUCAAGGUCGGCCCCUCGAUGAAGAGCGAGGAGCUCAUCCGACUUCUUGACAUCGUCAACCCUGAUCGCGAAGAGGGCCGUGUCUCGUUGAUCACCCGCUACGGCGCAGGGAAGAUCGAUGACUUCUUGCCCGCGCACAUCGCCGCCGUGCAGAAGAGCGACCACCCGGUAGCAUGGGUCUGUGAUCCCAUGCACGGCAACACCCAAACGACCCCAGCUGGCAUUAAGACGCGCAACUUCGGUACCAUCAUCUCUGAGUUGACAUCCUGCUUGCGCAUUCAUGCCGAGUGCGGUUCUCGCAUGAACGGCGUGAGUCUCGAGUUCACUGGUGAGGUCGACGACGCCGGGUUCAGUGUCACCGAAUGCCUCGGCGGUAGCAUGGAGCUCUCUGAAGAGGAGCUCGGCCUGCGCUACCAAAGCUUCUGCGACCCUCGCCUGAACUUCGAGCAAUCCCUCGAUGUCGCGUUCCUUGUCUCGAACUACUUCAAGAACGCGCGGACGGACGUGUCGGGCGACGCCGUCUUCCAAGCUCUCGGCGGUCGCGUGCCAAGGCACUAG